AUGUCAAAUCAGGUUUUACAAGGUCUGUCAGCAUUUAGUAUGGUUUACAUCGAUGAUAUAAUCAUUUUCUCAAAGGAUUCGACUACACACAUGGACCAUUGUGAUCAAGUAUUUGCUCGACUUGACAAGUGGAACUUGAAGAUCCAUUUGGGGAAGUGUCAUUUUUUCAAGGCCGAGGUCAAGUUUUUGGGAUUCUUCGUUUCUGGCAAGGGUAUCCGGCAUAAUCCCGACAAGGUGAAAGCUAUCUUGGAAUGGCCCAAACCAAAAACCACACAAGAAUUGAGGCGAUUCCUUGGCAUGUGCGCAUUCUACCACAAGUUUUUACGUUCUUUGUCUUCUAUCGCAGCUCCAUUAUAUCGACUUACAGGCAAGAUGGAGAUGAAGGAAUGGGAUGAAAAGGCUGACAAAGCAUUUGACAAGCUCAAGACACGAUUGGCGGAAUUACCUAUGUUGAGGUAUCCAGAUUCCAACAUCCCUUAUGAAAUGCACACGGAUGCCAGUGAUUCAGGCUUGGGUGCUGUUUUGGUGCAAGAAGGCAGGCCCGUAUCGUUCGCAAGUCGAUCACUUACAACAGCUGAGGCGAACUACACAGCUACGGAGAAGGAAUGUUUGGCGGUCGUUUGGGCUCUAAGAUACUUUCGUCCUUAUAUCCAUGGCGCAUCAUUGACCAUUUUUACGGAUCACAUGGCGUUGAAGGCUAUCGUCAGCAGCUCCAAUCCAAAAGGUCGUAUAGCAAGGUGGAUCAUGGAAUUGGAUGCGUAUGAAUUUACGGUGAUCCAUCGUCGUGGCAUGGAUAACUUGGAUGCAGAUGCUUUAAGCCGUGUAUACUCCAACAACCAAUACACGCUUACGGAUGAUCUCAUUCGAGCUCACCAGCUGGCUGAUCAAGACAUUCAAGGAUGGUCAAGUGAAGAACAACAAGGAAAAUACCGGUGGUUACAAGGUUUAUUUUUCCGGAUCAAUGAAUCAGGCACAUAUACGUUGGUGAUGCCCAAAGCUCUAUGCAAGUAUUUCCUUCAAUUGAUACAUUCCCAUCCAACAGCGGGCCAUAUGGGACGAGACAAGACCAUAGCCAAAGCCAAACAAGUAGCAUGGUGGCCAACAUUAGUCCAAGACGUGACCGAUUUUAUACGCAAGUGCCCUGAUUGUCAACGACACAAGACCUUGAAGCACAAGUAUGGAUACCUUACAAGCAUUCCGGUUGGCAAUCCUGGGGAAGUAUGGGCAUCGGAUGUGGCGAUCAUGGCAAACGUCAGUGAGAGUGGCAACAAAUACAUCGUGGUGUUUAUGGAAUACUUGACAAAAUGGGUGAUCACGGCAGAAUUGUCAAGCUUUACUACCACGGAGUUGGCGAACAUCCUUUUAUACCGCAUCGUUCUUGUAUAUGGAAUGCCAGCAAAGUUAAUCACCGACAACGGAAGCUCAUAUGUCUCGGAAGCCAUGAACAUCAUUUGCGAUCGGUUGGGGAUAGCAAGAUCAGUCACCUCGGUAGAACAUCCUCAAACAGAUGGCCUUGUGGAAAGAAUGAAUCAAACAUUGAAGACUGCAUUGGCACCUUAUGCGUAUGAGUAUCCUCGACGUUGGGACCAGUUUCUUCCUUUUGUCACAUUCGGCAUCAAUACGUCAAAACAAGCAUCCACGGGCUUCACUCCUUUUGAGUUGAUGUAUUGCCGAACAGCAAAUCUACCAACUACAGCAAAUAUGAAGGCACCACCGAUGAAGGCACACAAUGCGGAGUCAUGGCUAGCGUAUUUGAAUUAUCAUUUACCAAUCAUUCACGCAACGGCAAAGAAGAACAUCCUAGCAGCUCAAGCACGACAACAACGCUAUUACAACCGAAAUCGCCUUCCAGCAAGAGAAUAUCAACCAGGCGAUUACGUGCUCAAAGACAUCCCCUUGGAACAACGUGGGUUUCCAAAGCCCAAGUUCACAGGCAAAUGGCGGGUUUUACGCAAGACAUCGGAUGAUCAAGCUUAUGUUCUCGAAUGCGCAGUGCCAGGCAGAAAGAAAAAGCGAACCACAGCAAAUCAAUCACAAUUGGAGCCUUAUUAUGAAUAG